UCCUACGUGUGUAGCAACGCGUCUCCUCCAUCCUGCGGCUGCCUCUUCACAUCCACCUCUGGACCUGCGUGUCGCAUCUCCUUUGGGGAUCCCCGACAUCUCUUUCUCUCUCUCUCUAUCCCUCUCUCAUUCAGUCUGUGUCCCGUUGUGGAGGAGCGACAGCAGCAGCGUGGACAUGAUGGGGAACAAGGAGCGACGAGGCGUGAACCUCAAAGGCUUGCUGAAGAAGAACUGGCUGCUGAUUGCCACGAUUGUCUCGGUGCUGCUCGGGAUCAGUUUGGGUGUCGUGGUCAGAGAGUAUGCGUCGCUCUCACACCUUCACAAGCAGUAUUUCGGCUUCCCAGGAGAGAUCCUCAUGAGGAUGCUGAAGCUCGUCAUCCUCCCGCUCAUCAUCUCAAGCAUGAUAACAGGUGUUGCAGCCCUGGACUCUGAAGUAUCAGGAAGAAUAGGUCUGAGAGCUGUUAUUUAUUACUUCUCAACGACCAUCAUCGCAGUUAUUCUUGGGAUUAUUCUGGUGAUGACGAUCAAACCGGGAGUGUCUCAGACUGCGGAGCACAUCGACAGAGCCGGGACGACGCCCAACGUCACCACAGUCGACACGCUCCUGGACCUCAUCAGGAACAUGUUCCCUGAAAAUCUGGUGCAGGCUUGUUUUCAGCAGUACAAGACCAAGCGCAAAGAACUGGAGCCUCUGAAGGUUUCCACCAACGCCACCACGAUCCCACCUCUCGCCACCACGUUGAUGUCGGUGGUCGAGAACAUAACCAAGGAAUAUAAGAUCAUCGGGACGUAUUCGGAUGGAAUCAACGUCUUGGGGCUCAUUGUGUUCUGCGUCGCUUUUGGCCUCGUCAUUGGGAAGAUGGGCAAAAAGGGACGCAUCCUCUUGGAGUUCUUUGAUGCACUGAACGAAGCAACCAUGAGACUAGUUCAGAUCAUUAUGUGCUACAUGCCAAUAGGGAUCCUGUUCCUAAUUGCAGCCAAGAUCAUCGAGGUUGACGACUGGGAGAUCUUCAAGAAGAUGGGUCUUUAUAUGGUGACGGUGCUGAGUGGUCUUGCUAUCCACGCCACCAUCUGUCUGCCGCUGAUCUUCUUUGUCAUUGUGAGGAAGAACCCGUACACGUUCACAUUGGGCAUGGCUCAGGCCCUGGUGACCGCACUCAUGAUCUCCUCCAGCUCUGCCACCUUGCCCGUCACCUUCCGAUGUGCCGAGGAGAACAAUCGGAUUGACAAGCGGAUCACCCGCUUUGUCCUCCCAGUGGGUGCCACCAUUAACAUGGAUGGGACAGCGCUGUACGAGGCGGUGGCUGCCAUCUUCAUUGCCCAGCUGAACGACUACGCUCUGGAUGUGGGCCAGAUUGUUACUAUCAGUAUAACAGCAACAGUUGCCAGCAUUGGAGCAGCAGGAGUCCCUAAUGCUGGGCUGGUCACGAUGGUGAUUGUCUUAACAGCUGUUGGAUUACCUGCAAAUGACGUCACUCUGAUAGUCGCUGUGGAUUGGCUGCUGGACCGGUUCCGUACCAUGGUCAACGUUCUUGGCGAUGCUUACGGAGCCGGCAUCGUCCAGAAACUAUCCAAGAAGGAACUGGAGAGGAUGGAUCUGACGUCUGACGCGGACGUCGCCAACCCCUUCGCUCUGGAGGCCACUUUGGAUGACGAAGAGUGCGAGAAGAAAUCCUACAUCAACGGAGGUUUCACCGUCGACAAGACGGAUGCAAUCUCCUUCACUGAAACCUCUCAGUUUUAGCCUGAGGAGCAGAGAGAGUGCCACACUGCUAUGGAUGUAAACGGAAAACCUUCCCAUUAUGUAUCAGCACCAUGACGAGAGGAAAACUAUCCAACCGGAACCACCAAGCUCUGACAUCAGCAAUAACAGCCCCCCUUAGGCUCAGAUGAUCACCCCUCAUGUCGGACAUUUACUAUCAACACUAGAUUACAGUGCUUCCCUCUUACACUCAAAUUGUGCCAACAUUUUUUUAAAGUCACUUUUCUUUUCAAUAAGAGAGUUCUUUCAUGCAAAGAUGCACUCAGAAGAAGAGCUGUUUGUCUUUUGGAUGUAUCUUGAGUGUGUGUGUGUGUAUUUUAAUGUAUAAUUUACGAAAAGUAAAAACAAAACAAUACUCUUAAUUUGCUCUUUGAUUACACAAUAAUUCUCUGACAAGUCUGAAUGAUCUAUUUUGCGUGGUUGUUGUUAAAAGUAUAUGUCCCAUAAUGCACUGCUUGUAUAUCUAUCUGUAUAUUUAAACUGUGCCAAACAUAUAAAGAGUUUUUUCGCAAUAUGUUAAAGAAAUGCUUAUCACUGACUGCGGACUGAUUUUUUUUAUGGAGACAUUCCAGAGAUGAUUAACCAAGAUUUAUGACGUCAUUGAACACUGUGAAACUUGAUGUUUUUAGAACCACAUUUCUAACAGUCAUUGAUUUAUUGCAAAAUAUAAUGAUCAUAACUAUCCAGUGUCUGUGUUUAGGCAGUGUGGCAAAAUAUGACAUUACAUUAGAUAUCAUGAAUAACCUUCUCACACAAGAUUAUUUCGACUGUCACCUCGUGGAUUUAUGUUCCAAUAACAAUCAGAUAAUCAGAGUUUAACUUUGCUUCUAUUCUUUCACGAUGGUGUCGGGUUGAAAUAUGUCCCAAUGCUCCUAAACCAGCGGCUGAGCAUGUGGUGAGCUGCAAUGCGGGAAACUGAAUUUAGCAUGUUAAAGGUAUUUCUGCUUGAAUGAAACAUGAAAACAAAAACAUUGGUAAAUAACCAGUUUGAGUGAGACCUCAACAUCAAUGUUGAGGUAUUCCUUUCAUACAAGAAUCCAAACAGAAAACUACGACAGAUUUUCAGUCUAUGGUUUUAUUUACCAAGGCAAAUGAUCAACUACUGACCAGGAUUUGGUAGAGUCAUUUAUAACAGCUCAGACAGGCCUUGACAUCAACUGGUCUGUAGCCAGGCUAUAAAGCUGCUGAGAGUUUGAGACGUUCUCCUGAAGUGAGGUUAACAGCUCUCUAGCAAAACAAUGGAGCUUAAUAUGUGGCUGUGAUUGGCUAACUGCUCGGACACUUUGGUAAUUGGGCAUAUUCUAUUAUUUUCUAAUAUGACAGACUCAAAUAUUUCAUUAAUUUAUAUAUUAAUUAUCAUUAGUUGCAUGAAAUAUCUUUUCUACUAAUCUGAUAGUAAGGGCUAAGGUGGGAGCCAGAGGAGAAGUAAAGGGGGAGCAACGCUAGCUGAAGGAAACCUGCAAAUCAAAAUGGGAAUACUUGUUUUCAUCCACUACUGUGGUGCGAUUAUUAGAAGUUAGUUAAUCUUAGUAAACAUCUCAUGAUGCUAAUCCUCCAGUUUGAAAACCAACUUCGACCCUCAAGCUGUGAAAAACAAUUAAGAAAACUCAAUGAAAAUGUAACAUUUCUGUUUGUUGUAGUGAGGAAGUUGUGGAGUGAUGAGGUGGAUGAGAUUACAUGCUUCAUGUACUUCAUCAUGAAUACACUAAAUAUAUUCUAAUUGUUGUUUCAUUGUUUGUCUCUGACAAACUUUUUUUGGCAAUAUUUCACGAUGUUGAUAUUUUCAUCAUUUCCACACAGAAAAAACAAUGUGCAUUAAAACGGGUGGAUGGAA